AAAAAUGUCAGAAGCUCUCCCAAAGUCAUUGUUGGUUGCUUUCUUCACUGAAGCCAACAAAAAGUUGGAACAAGAAAAGGAAACAUUAGGACAAUGGAGCGAAGAACAAGAAAAGGUUAUUGAAGCCCUCUUGACUCCUAUUAUUGAACAAGCAAAGACACAAACUUCCUUCGCUGGUGAAGUUAACGAAAACUCUCUGAGAGAAGCCGGUUUAGAUCAAGGCGGUGAAUCUGCUGAAUUGUGUAACCUUGUUGGUACAUUCUUAAAGACCAGACCAAUGGCCAAAUCACAAACCAAGAAACUCUCCAAGAGAAUUGAAAAGAUGCAAAAGGAACUCGAAAAGACAAACGAAAAGGAAAAACAACAACAACAAAAACUUGAAGAAGCUAAGAAGAUUUCCUUUGAAGAAGAUACAACUCUCCCAGAAGCUACCAGAAUUAAAGUUCAUCAAGUUAAAGAUUUUGAAGGAAAGAGAGUUCAAGUCUCUGGUUGGUGCCACAGACUUAGAAUUCAAGGAAAGGGUUUGCUUUUCAUCACAUUGAGAGAUGGUACUGGUUUCCUCCAAACUGUAUUGAGCGGUGUUUUAUGUCAAACUUAUGAAGCUUUGACUCUUCACUUGGAAUCAUCAGUAACAAUCAAGGGUACAGUUAAAGCUGAUCCAAGAGCUCCAAUGGGCUUUGAACUUGUUGCUGAUUAUUGGAAAUUGGUCGGAUCAUCACCUGAAAGUCUUCCUUUCGGUGAAGAUGUUAAGGAUCCAAACAUUUUACUCGAUCAAAGACACUUGAUUUUAAGAGGAGAAAAGACCUCUGCUAUUUUAAAGAUGCGUUCAAUUAUUUUACAAUGUUUCCGUGAACAUUAUUAUUCACGUGGUUAUACUGAAAUUACUCCUCCAACUAUGGUUCAAACUCAAGUUGAAGGUGGUUCAACUCUUUUCAAAUUUGAUUACUUUGGAGAAGAUGCUUAUUUGACUCAAUCAAGUCAAUUGUAUUUGGAAACUGUUAUUCCAGCUCUUGGUGACAGCUUCUGUAUUGCUCAAUCAUAUCGUGCUGAAAAGUCUGACACUCCACGUCACUUGAGUGAAUUCACUCACGUUGAAGCUGAAAGACCAUUCAUUACAUUUGAAGAUUUAUUGAAUACUUUGGAAGAUUUGGUUUGUGAUGUUACUGAAAGAGUUUUGUCAAAGAGUCAACAUUUGGCUGUUGUCGGUGAAGAAACUGCUGAUAAAUUGGUUAUUACACCUGAUGCUGUGAAGCUUAAGAGACCAUUCAAGAGAAUGACCUAUGCUGAUUGUAUUGAAUUCUGUAGAAAUAACGAAGUUUACAAAGAUGAAGAAACUAAGGAAUUGUUCGAAUUUGGUGAUGAUAUUACUGAUGCUCCAGAAAGAAAGAUGUUGGAAAAGAUUGGUGAACCAGUUUUGAUGAUUAAAUUCCCAGGUGACAUGAAGGCCUUCUACAUGAAGAGAUGUGAAGAUGAACCAACUUUGACUGAAUCUGUCGACGUUUUGCUCCCAGGUGUUGGUGAAGUUAUUGGUGGAAGUAUGCGUUUGGAAUCAUAUGACAAGAUGAUGGAUGGAUACAAGAAGGAAGGAAUCAGCGCUGAACCAUACUAUUGGUACAGUGACCAAAGAAAAUAUGGUACAUGCCCACACGGUGGUUAUGGUUUGGGUCUUGAAAGAUACAUGUUAUGGUUGUUGAAGAAUGAACAUAACAGAGUUAGAACUGUCAGACAAACUUGCUUGUAUCCUCGUUUCAUGGGUAGAUGUAGACCUUAAAUAAAUUAUUUGAGAAAUUCCUAUUUAUUUCAA